AUGGGCAGCACCUCUGCGUCCUCUCCGGAGCCUGUUCGAGUCCUCGUUAUCGGUGCAAAUGGCUACCUCGGCUCCGCUAUCUCACGUGCCUUCCUCCGCGCCGCUAUGCUACGCUCCUUUUAUUUCCAGGUGUAUGGCCUCGUACGGCGCGCAUCUACCGCCCGCGCCCUCGCCAUAGAGGAAGUUAUCCCUAUAGUGGGCUCAAUCUCCGACACUCGCUCUGUAAGCCAGGCAAUCCUCUCGCACAGUCGCACAUGGGAUGUGAUCGUUAACUGUACGGAACCCUCUAAGUCCAACCCCGUCGCAGAGGCGCAGCACUGGGACGAAGUAUUAGUGCUUGUGCAAGGGCUGGCUGAAGCUUCUGCGUCUGCUCCCAGGGGAAAACCUGUCUACCCGCUCGUCCUGUGGUCCUCGGGGUGUAAAGAUUACGGUACAACUAAACUGCAUGGCGAUCCACGGUUAAAGGAGCAUAGCGAGACAUCCCCGCUUAAUCCGCAUAAAGUCGUACGCUGCCGAAUGGAGGGCGCACUAAGGGCUUUAGCGGUAGCGGGGAAGAAUGAGGGUAGGGUCGCGUUUGAUGUUGCCGUUGUAAGAGCGACGCCGGUGUUUGGGUAUAGCGGGAGCUAUUACGGGGUCGGGUUCGAAUAUGCUGCUGCAUUUGCUGCCGCUCUUGCUAGUGAAAAGAAUAAGGGAGCUACGGCUAAAGUCCUCAAGUUCACUGCUGACGCAGACACGAUCCUGCACGGGAUACAUGUUGAUGAUUGCGCGGAUGGAUAUGUCGCGCUUGCAAGGAUGGCUUUGUUCGAAGACAAUGACGUAGGUGAUGUAUCUGGCAAUUGUACGCAGAAAAGAGGGCGCGCUGCUAUCGCCGGACAGGUAUUCAAUAUCUCCGGACGGCGGUACGUAACGCUUCAAGAGGUUGGAGCGGCGCUGGCGGCUGAGUACGGCUUUACAGGGGAUACUCAGUUUGGGGUGUCUGCGGACAAUAUACCGGAGACUAUCGAUGUCCAGGGUUUGGAUUUAGUAUUUGGGUAUAGCCAGUGGGUUAAUAGCGAAAAGAUCCGGGCGCUAACAGGUUGGAGUGACAAACGGCCCUUAAUCUCUGAGAAUAUGCAUGCGUAUCGUCUAGCUUACGAAGCGGCAAGAGAUCUAGGAUGUGAAAAUAUUGAAAGGAUUAGGGAACGGAUGAUGGGAGAUGAGUGGAAUUGA